UUAAAAAAUAAUAUUGUUGUUGAAGUUUCAACCAACAUGAAGAGAAUUAUCUGUUACAAAGGAUGAUGUUUUGUCUUUCAAAAGAAUUAAGAUAAAUCUCAGCCUAUAGUUUGUUACCUAGGACUUUUAUAUGGCCAGAAAAUCCAAAGCUAAGCUACGUAAGCAUAAUCACCCGUUGGCCAUUUAUAAGCCACAGCAACUGAAAUCAGAACUUUCUACUGCAUAUAUAAUAGCAUCUUCCCCUUGAUUUUUUUUCAACUCAUGCUAUUUACGUGCCUCUUUACUCUUUUCCCCUAUCCCUCAACUACCAAAAGUUAGCACUUAGAAACACCCUUUUCUUUCUUGCUUUCUUUCUUCCUUUCUUUGUUUCAGUGUUUCAGUGUUUUGUUCUACACAAAGCACCAACUCAUACAACACUGGUUAGCAAGAAAGGCAUGGCAACAUGUGGGAGCCUACAUCACAUCUUGGAUACCCUGUUGCCAGAAAACCCAACACUGAUUGAAUCCCUCUCAUGGAACCAAAUAAAGCCCGUAAAACCCGCAGACCAAACCCUUUCCUUCACUGAGAUAUUUGGAGAACCCUCCAUCCAGCCAUACGUUUGUACUUCAUCAUCAAGUGAGAAAACAAACAACAGCAACAGCCACAAAAGCAGUGAUAGCUUCUCAUCUUUGAGUUCUGAGAGUUUGCACCUUUGCACUGAGGGUCUUGGCUUUGAGAGUUCAGAUGAUGUUGAAGACUUAAAGGAUGGAACGAAUGAGAGCUGGGAAAGGUUUAAGGAGAAAGAGGGUGUGAAAAGGUAUGUGAGUUCAAGGGUGAAUGAGUACCCUCCUCCCAUUUCAAGCAUAGGGAGGAGUGGGAAGCCUUGGGUUUGUUUCAAGUCCUACAGGAGUGAAGGGAGGUUUGUUCUCGAAGAGAUAAGGAUUCCCACGCACGAGUUCCUCCAUGCUUGUAGAGAGGAUGGAAGGUUGAAGCUGAAUUUUGUUCACCCUGAUGAUGAACUUUCAGAAGAAGAAGAAGAAGAAGACGUUGAUGUAGAAAGUAUAGAUGAAGAAGAAGAAAACAUGGGUGAAGAAAAUGAUGAUUUUGUCAUAGAUCAUGAACAUGAACAAAAAGAGAUUGAUCAUGCUUAAGGUGACUAGUCACUCACUUGAUGAAUGCUAAGGAAAAAAAAAGAAGAAAAAGAAAUCGAAGCACUGUUGUGAUUUUGUAUCUUUUCUUUAAUACAUAUGUUAGUUUUUGUCUCCUAACUCCAGAUAUUUUUUCUGAUACAAGCUGACGCAUUUGGUCAAGUUUUUGUUCGCACUAGUUCUAACUUGGGUUUGGAUUUGA